AUUUGAUCUUCCAAUUCGAGCGAGCAAGAGACAUUGUACUGUGAGAGAAUCAUCUGAGAAAGAGCAAUGAGGCCAAUGGACUUGUUCGGUGAGAUGGAGGAGCAGGUGUCAUCGACGAUGGCGAUGGACGUUGACGACGUCGACCCUCUGGAGAUCUUCGCCGAGGGCGUUAUCUCCGCCGAUCACAAACUCGCCGAUGCCGAUUUCUUCAACUCCUUCCAAGACGAUUUCGAUGACGCUGAUAUCAACUAGUCACGUUCAACUUCCCCCCUUUCCGGGUUUAGGGUAUCGCUCUUCUGUGAUUUUCGGAUUAUGAAUGAAUGAAUAAACAAAAAAGAUUGUGUACCUUUGAAUAUUAAUAUGAUGGUGAUACCUCUUUUUAA